UGUCCCAGGGAAUUCUGUUUGCCGGAGUUUCUGUCCCCAAAACCGGAAAUUAACAUGGGCUGGAGGAGAAGGAUCCACAAGAGACUAACAGGAGAGAAGGAGUUUGUACACAGUUUCGCCGUAUAUGGGGAUGGAAUCUCCUGGGGACAAAAUCUUCUGCCACACCGGCUCACCCGCCAUACAGGACCGCUCACAGUGAAAGAAACUCACCGACUGACUUGAAACAAAUCAAUUGACGAACGACCAGAUGGCAACGUUAGAUCGUCCUCUCAGCUCUGGUGUUUGUGCUCUGACUAUCAUCCUGUACACGUCAUUGCUUAAUGGACCUCAGACGGUAAAAGGACUGAGCCAGUCUGAUGUAGAACACCACUGCAUGCGACCUUGUGAUUGGCCAUCGAAGCCCCGGACCUGCCGCUAUGAGUUCACCGUUGAGUGGUCUUACAGCAUGUCCAAGGCGUGCUUCAAGUGUCCCUUCAAUGUGACUGAUUGUUACCGGCCACAUUGCUUGGCUCUGGACGGGGCUCCUAGAGCUGUAGCCGUUGUCAACAAGCAGUUCCCAGGACCGAGUAUUCAGGUUUGUGAACACGACCAACUAUCUGUGCAGGUCAACAACUACUUGGUGAACGCUGAGGGCGUUACCAUACACUGGCACGGCCUUCACCAACGCGGUACACCAUACAUGGACGGCACCUCUCAGGUCACACAGUGCAACAUCCCAACUCGCUCCAGCUUCACCUACGAGUUCCUGGCGGACACCCCCGGAACGCACUGGUGGCAUUCUCACACAGGUAUGCAGCGAUCCGACGGAGUCUUCGGACCUCUGAUCAUUAAGCAAGCCGCUCCUGAUGAUCCGCACAGCGGGCUUUACGAUUACGAUCUUCCGGAACACGUGGUGGUCGUCCACGACUGGUUUCACGAGGUUACCGUAAACCGGUUCGCAGGGCACCACCUUUCCACCCUCAGUGGUUCUCCGGAUUCCAUUCUGGUGAACGGCAGAGGGCAGUCUAUCGAGUAUACCAUGAGUGACUCAAACCAGACUUACAAAACUCCUAGGGAAGUCUUUCACGUGGAUCUCGGUAAGAGGUAUCGCUUCCGGACUAUCAGCAACGCCAUCUUAGAUUGUCCCAUAGAGGUCUCAUUGGACAAGCACAACCUGACUGUGAUUGCCAGCGAUGGGUCUCCAUUCGAGCCCGUCCAGGUGGCGCGUUACGUUAUCUACGGUGGGGAGAGGUUCGACUUCGUUCUGACUGCUGACAGGGCCGUUGGUAGAUACUGGAUGAGGUUCAAGGGAUUAGGUCUCUGCAGUGGGGUCCAGGGACUAGCGAUGGUGGUUUACAACAAUGUUGAAGGAGAAGAGGAUCUGGCAUCAGAGGAUUAUCCAGGGAUAGCCCCGGAAGGGAUACUUCUCAAUCCGUUUAAUCUACCAGCUUCGGAAACUGUCAUGACUGUUGAUCAGCUGACCGCAAUAGAAAAGCAGGCGGAGUCUUUAGAGAACAACGACAGAACCUUCUACAUCGCGAUGGAUUUUGGAAACAUUACCAACCCUAACUACAACCACCCAGACUACUAUCCCGUCGGGCUGAAACCUGGUCAUUUUGUGUACACGUCACAGCUCAACUUCGUGGCCUUUGUACCCCCGGGGUCACCACCUUUGACCCAGCUUGCUGACAUCCCGGAGUUUGAGCUUUGCAGCUUCGAAUCUACGGAGGCAAAGAGAGACCAUUGCAAGGAGGCGUACUGUGAGUGUACUCACUAUUUGGAGGUCGACCUCGGAGAAGUGGUCGAGUUGGUCCUAGUUGAUGAAGGUAUACCGUUUGAGGGCAGUCACCCCAUGCACCUUCACGGAUACAGCUUCCAGGUGGUUGCAAUGGGAAAGAUAGGAGAUUCGACCACCGUUGAGGAAGUGAAAAGACUCGACCAGGCAGGAGGCAUCAAUAGAAAUUUCGUGAAAGCACCCCGUAAGGAUACCGUGAUAAUUCCGGAUGGGGGUUACACAGUCGUCCGCUUCGCUGCCGAUAAUCCUGGCUGGUGGCUAUUCCACUGUCAUCUACAGUUUCAUAGUGACGUAGGAAUGGCGAUUGUGUUGCAUGUCGGCAAGGACCAAGACCUACCUCCCAAACCGAAGGAUUUCCCACGUUGUGGUAACUGGUACCCACAUGGCAAUGAAACUGACAAGCCCCCACCAUCCCAGAUGCCUUGCAGUGCCUUACGGUCUACUAGUUCCAUGUCUUAUGUGUUUAUGGCGCUGAACUCAUGUAUGGUAGUUGCUGUGACUCGGCUUGGCUGCGCAUCAUUUUGGUGCUAGACAAAUUCUGAAUACAGGUAUAGUAUGCUGUUAAUAAUCCGAUGGUCUGCGCAUCGCAAACUAGACAAAAUUCAGGUAGAUGUUGUUUACGUUGCUCGGCUAGGCUGUGCAUCAUUUUGUUACUAUAUAAAUUCCUAUUAUAGUAUUUUUCUGUGACUCGGCUGGUCGUCGCAUCAUUUGGUACUAGACAAAUUCAGGUAGGCCUACAUAGAUGUUGUUUCUGUUACUCAGCUGGACUGCGCAUCAGUUUGGUACUAGAACAACAAUUACCCUCUGUUUUAUAAAAAUAAAAGUCGGAAAAUGUAGAAUGUAAGAUCAAAAGGUCUUCUUCCGUAAACUUCAUUGGUGCCGCUGAUAGCCACUUUCCACGGAUCUCGGUUCAGCAUCAACGUCCUCAACUGGUAGUUUCUUGUACGUUGCGCUGCGUCUGUUUUCACCGGUUCACGUAUGUCUUCUCGAUCCCUGCUCUAGUCUGAACAUCUGACGUCACACGCCAGAGAGGGGCCUCAUGCCUAGAGGCUAAUCUUCGCCCAAUAAUUACCUUUCACCUACGUUUAUUAUGCAGACGACCGAAAGUGUCUAGCUGCCUAACGUCACCUUUUGCACAAAUCCAAACACAUAUCCAAUAAAUUCACUGGUUCUGAAAUAAUCUGUCAUCCUUGCGGAUAGAGACAGGGUACCAUGUCUAUUCCCGCCUCUGCUCUUAGCAAGCUCCAUCGACGGGUUCCCGAAAAAAA